GCAAUUGAAUUUCAAUUUCCCCAAAAAUCUUAAUAAUAUCUCUGCCUUUUUGGGUCUCUUCACAUCCCCCGCUUACAUCGCUCUCUUUCGCUCUCUCUCUCUCUCUACACCUUUCUUUCUAUACUAUUCUCCUUUUUGCGAACCCUAAAACUCAACAGAUUUCGCCAUGAAAGGAGCUAAAUCCACCUCCAAGAGAGCCGAACCUAAGCUUUCCGUGAAGAAGGGCGCUGCUGCCGCCACGAAGGGCCGGAAACCAACUAAGAAGGCUGCCAAGGAUCCUAACAAGCCUAAGAGGCCUGCCAGUGCUUUCUUUGUUUUCAUGGAGGACUUCAGGAAGCAAUUUAACAAGGAAAACCCUAACAACAAAGCCGUCUCUGCUGUUGGUAAAGCUGCUGGAGAGAAAUGGAAGUCGAUGACGGAGGCCGACAAAGCUCCGUUUGUUGCCAAGGCAGAGAAAAGAAAGAUUGAGUAUGAGAAAAACAUGAAAGCCUAUAACAAGAGACAAGCUGAUGGCCCUGCUGCCGAGGAAGACGGUUCUGAGAAAUCAAUGUCUGAAGUGAACGACGAAGAGGAAGGAGAUGAAGAUGGCAGUGGAGAGGAGGACGAUGACGAGUAGGAAAUGGCAGAAAAGGAUGAUAGCAUAGUGGCCUAGGCUGUCUAAACAUUGAAUCAAUACCAUGUAAUUGGGUUGAUUGUUAAUUGUUAAUCAUCGGUUCUUUUUCUUAAUAUUGUUUUGUUGAAGAAGUAUACUCCUCUGCUCUCUCCUUUUUUAGUCCACUGAUUUUGGGCACAUGAAUUUUUAUAGUAAUAGAAAAGGGGAGAAUCAUCUGUGUAAUCGUACCUCUUUUUUUAAAAGUCUAAUGACUAGCUAGGUGAUUCUGUCUUUUGUAGA